AUGAAGACUUCUAAACGAAGGAAUAAUGGACGAAGCAAGAAGGGACGCGGUCAUGUGCAGUUCGUUCGCUGCACAAACUGUGCAAGAUGUGUGCCUAAGGAUAAGGCGAUCAAAAAGUUCGUCAUCCGAAACAUUGUAGAGGCAGCUGCUGUCAGAGAUAUUGCUGAUGCCAGUGUUUAUGAUGUGUAUGCCCUGCCUAAGCUAUAUGCUAAGUUGUUAUACUGCGUUUCCUGUGCAAUCCACUCCAAGGUUGUCAGAAACAGAUCCCGAGAAGCCAGAAAGGACAGAUCACCACCCCUCAGAUUCAGACCCAUGAGGGAUAAUGCUGCACCCCGCCCAGGAGCCCCUGGAGCCCCAGCACAGACGCGUUAACUCUGUACUCAAUAAAAUGUGAUCAGUCUUAACCCUC